UUUAAUAAAAAUAAAUCUAAUAUGAAAUAUGAACGGGUUGAAUUUUGACCCAUUUUCUAACGCCCAAUUGCCCAUAAUUUUUUCCCAAUUUUUCUUCCCUCCGUAGGACGCUAAUUGUCCCCGUGUUCUUGCCAACACAAGCCCCUUGAUUCUUUCUCUCUUUCAUUAAUUCCAGUCAGUAAUUUGCAGAUACCUAUAACAGUCAAGUCACCGAAGUGAAAGAUGACAGCUAAUAUCCAAAAAUUCCGAAAUCUUUCAACUGCUGUGAAUCAUAGUUUCGAGUCAAAAUGGCUCUUGCGUCACUAUCGCCUCCUGCACCAUGGUCCAGACACUAUGGAGGAACUAUUGGAUAGACAUGUGGUCAAAAAAGAGAAGAGCCUUGAUGAUGACGAGAAUGAGCUCCUAAAUAGACAGCGACUCACCAGCAGUCGCCGCGAGGCUCUAAGUCUCUACCGAGAUGUCAUCCGCGCUACCCGAUUCUUCAUGUGGGCCAACUCUCAAGGCAUCGUCUGGCGGGAUGUUCUUAGAGAAAAUGUCCGAAAGGAGUUCGAGGAGGCACGAUUUGAGAGAGAUCCAGAAGUCAUCACCAGGUUGCUUAUUGGAGGUCGGGAUGCUCUGCAAGCUGCUUUGGAUAAACUUGCUGAGAAACAAAAGCAAGAAAUCGAAAAGCAAUGUGGCAAUUCAAAUACUCCUUGAUAUUCUGGUUAGGCAGAUUUUUUUUUUAUCCUUAACACACCCAUCAAAUAACAUGUAUUUUUAGAACGUUAUAUAUAAGAUAUAUUAGCACAUACAGGAUGACAUUCACUUCAGUUUCUUUAAACGUUGAGUAUUAUUACAUUUAAUUUUGAGAUAAGUUUGUUAUUGGAACUGAUUGGGUGAUUGAAUAAUUUGAAGUGGGGUUCAUGUUA